AUGUGCCAAGAAGACGAAUAUGAUUACUUGUUCAAAACUGUAUUGAUUGGUGACAGUGGAGUCGGUAAAUCGAAUCUUUUAAUGCGUUUCACAAGAAAUGAGUUUAAUAUCGAAAGCAAGAGUACCAUUGGUGUGGAAUUUGCUACUAGAAACAUCGUAUUAGACAACAAGAAAAUCAAAGCCCAAAUCUGGGAUACAGCCGGUCAAGAACGCUACCGUGCAAUUACGUCUGCAUAUUAUCGUGGUGCCGUUGGUGCUCUCAUUGUUUAUGAUAUUACCAAGCAAUCAUCCUUUGAUAACGUUGGCCGCUGGCUAAAGGAAUUGCGUGAGCAUGCUGACAGCAACAUUGUUAUUAUGCUUGUUGGAAACAAAACAGAUUUGCUCCAUUUGCGUGCUGUUUCCACUGAAGAGGCUCAAACCUUUGCGGCUGAAAACAAUUUGUCAUUUAUAGAGACUUCCGCCAUGGAUGCCAGCAACGUAGAAGAAGCUUUUCAAACUGUCUUGACUGAAAUCUUCAGAAUUGUUUCGAAUAGAUCUCUCGAAAGUGGUGAUGAAGGUGUUCAUCCCAUGGGUGGUCAAACUCUUAGUAUCACUCCUACUAUGAACGAUACGAACAAGAAGAAAUCUUCUUCUCAAUGCUGUUAA